AUGGUGGAUGAGGCGUCUACGUCUGGGUACAAGUCCUCUCAGCAUGACGAGGGGAUUAUGUUUAAGGGUAUUGGCGAGAUCACGAUGAGCUCUUCGCGGGAGACCCAGGAUGACAUGCUGAAAGCGGAUAAGAAGGAAGCUGACGGGGAUAUCAAGGAGAUAGCUGCGAAGCAGGAGCUGAAGGUGAGCAAGAACAUCCAGGUUUCUGCGGGCGAUCUGGUUGACGAGUUUGAGAGGCAGCGGAAGAGGGCUGCGUAUGUGGGGUGGAAGCAGAUGGGCGGCUGGGAAGAGAAGGAUGAGCUGACGCUGGAGGAUGAGCUGAUGGACGCCAACAGCGACACCCUGCUGAACAACGUGCUUCCCGAGCCACUUUACGGUGACUGGUACCACAACGUCGCCAUAUAUUUCCUGGCUGGUGUGUUGUCGUUUGCAGUGGGCCACUUCAAGUUCUCUCUGGCCCCUGUUUUCUUCAUUACUCUGUUCUCUGCGUUGUACUACAGAACUUCCGCAAAGAAAAACCGUGCCUCUAUCAGAGAAUUGGUUCAGAAGGAGUUUACCGUCCAGAAGAUCGAGGACGACUACGAAUCCCUGGAGUGGUUGAACACUUUGCUGGACAAAUACUGGCCUAUCAUUGAGCCCGCUGUUUCCCAGAUGGUUUGCGAACAGGUCAACGAUAUCCUGGCCACAAAUGACUCCAUUCCAGCAUUCAUCAAGGCUCUAUGGAUUGCCCAGUUCACUCUAGGUAUCAAACCCCCAAGAGUUGACUACGCAAAGACUUUCCCAAACACUGAUUCCGAUGUCGUGGUUAUGGACUGGGGUCUAUCAUUCACACCACAUGACUUAUCUGACCUGAACGCUAAGCAGAUGAAGAACUACGUCAACCAGAAGAUUCUAGUCAAGGCAAAACUCUUUGGUAUGACUAUACCUGUUACCGUGGCUAAUGUGGCUUUCAAAGCUAAGACCAGAAUUAGAUUCAAGCUUAUGACCCCAUUCCCUCAUGUGGAAACUAUUAAUAUCCAACUAUUGGAGAUCCCAGAUAUCGACUUUGUUGCCAAUUUCAUGGGUAACAAUUUGUUCGGAUGGGAAAUCCUAGCUAUCCCAGGUUUAAUGCCCCUUGCAAAGGCUUUAGCUAGGAAAUACGCAGGCCCUAUAUUAUUACCCCCAUUUUCUUUGCAACUAAAUGUUCCUCAAUUGGUUUCAGAGUCUCCAUUAUCUGUAGGUGUUCUGGAAAUCACAGUUAAGAACGCUACUGAUCUAAAGCGUGUCAACAAUAUGAUUGAUACAAGUGUCGAUCCAUAUAUCACAUUUCAGAUGGGCGGAAAGGAAGUUGCACGUACAAGAACUGUUAGAGAUACACUUAACCCAGUUUGGAAUGAAACAAUAUACAUGCUAUUGCCAUCUUUCACUGAUCCAAUGACCAUUACAGUUUAUGACAGACGUGAAAAAUUGAAGGACAAGAUUUUAGGUAGAAUCGAGUACAACGCAAACAGUUUGCACGAUAAGCCUACACAAAGGAAUGUAUCUCAACAAUUCUUGAGAAAUUCGAAACCUGUAGGUAAGAUGACCAUGGACCUAAGAUUCUUCCCAACAUUAUCAUCGAAGAAACUACCAGAUGGUACUGUGGAAGAUGCACCAGAUUUGAACACAGGUCUGGCUAAGAUCAUCGUCGAUGAAGGUUCAAGUAUUGUCGACAAGGAUGGCUCGGCUUCCGUUGAGGUAUACUUCAACUCCACUAUGGUAUUGAGCACAGCUAAAGGCAGUCCAAAGAGAGGUGUUAUCACUUGGGGUGAUAUGUAUGAGGCUAUUAUCACUGAUCGCCGUAAAGCCAGAUUCAGGUUUGUUGUCAAAGAUAAGAAUGGUGAAAACAUUAACUCCACUUUACAGUCUCUAUCUGACUUAAUUGAUAGAACGCAAAUCGGACAAAAAAAUAUCCCUCUGGCUCAUGGUAAUGCCAGAUUAACUGUCACUACUUACUGGAAACCAGUAAUGCUAGAUGUUGGUAACAAAUCCAUUGCUUACACUCCACCAAUUGGUGCUUUGAGAGUAUUCGUAAAUAAGGCAAGUAACUUAAAGAAUCUCGAAAAAAUCGGUAAAAUCGAUCCAUAUGCUAAAAUUUUGGUUAACGGUAUCCAGAGAGGUAGAACCGAUUUCGACGCACAAACAACAAAUCCAGUUUGGAAUACAGGUGUUUAUGUUGCAUUAACAUCACCAAACCAAAGAAUCACGUUGGAAUGUAUGGAUGUUGAAACUUCUAAUAAAGAUCGUACUCUGGGUCAGUUUGACAUCAAGUUAAAUGACUUCUUUCAGAAGAAUUCACUUGACAGAUACGACACUAAGGUCGAUUCCACUCAAAGGCAAGGUCGCUUGACUGCUAAGAAAUUUAGCAAGGGUGUGGUUACCUACUCGAUUUCAUUCUAUCCAACUUUACCUGUAUUGACAUUGGAAGAGAUUCAAGAUAUAGAAUCUGCUGAAAAAAGAAAAGCAAAACUUGAUGAGAAGCGUAAGUUGCUGACCGACGGUAAACUGUCAAAGGAGGAAAAACAAAAACUCGAGGAAGAGGAGCUUGAAAUCAAGGAAAUUGAGGAGAUGCACAACAAUAAGAGAAAAUUAUCUCUUGAUCAACUGCUUGAACAUAAGAUUGGUAUUCUUGCAAUUUCUGUUUUGAGUGGUGACGUCCCAGAUAUUGGAGUCUAUGUUCAAUCAUUUUUCGAUGGUAACGCCCAUGCACGUUUCAUUAGUCCAAAGCUGACUAGCAGAACCAUUAAUAGUGGUUGGACUGGUGAUGUCAUGAUCAAAGAAUUAGACAAUUCUGUCGUUACCUUCAAAGUCACCAGAGAUAAGUUUUCUGGUAAGACUUCUGAUAAAUUAUGUGAUGUCACUCUAUCUACUAUUGACUUAUUGAGAGAAAGUUACUAUAAGCCAUCAAUUCUAACACUUUCAGGACAACACACAGCAAAGCUAAUGUUACAAGUACAGUGGUUCCCUAUGGAUAUCGAAGACUUACCUCCUGAAGAUUUAAUGAGCAACAGUGGUGAUCUAACAAUUAUCGCAAAGAAUGCUGAAAACCUACUAUCUGCAGAUACUAAUGGUUAUUCGGAUCCAUUCUUGAAAUUUUAUUACAAUGAUGAAGACGAUGCUUGCUUCAAAACCAAAACGAUCAAAAAGACACUUAACCCAACUUGGAAUGAGAAAGGUGUUAUUGAAGUUCGUAAUCGUGUUUAUGACGUCCUUUACCUGAAGGUCAUGGACUGGGAUGCUGCAUCGGCUGAUGAUGUCAUUGGACGUGCUACUAUUCCUUUAUCUAAGAUUGAUCCACACAACACGACCACAUUAGAUGUCCCAGUGGUUGACGACGAGGGAAGAGAUGGUGGUAUUGUACACUUGGAAUUCCAGUUCUCCCCUAGAUUUGUGACUUUAACAGACAGUGAACAAAAAACAGUCGCUGAUGCACCAGUAAAAUCUAUUGGUAGCGGCCUAAAAGCAGGUACAACUGUUGUUAGCAGUGGAUUGGGAUCUGUAGGAAAAAUCGGUAAAGGUAUCGGAAGGGGAUUAGGAUUAAAGAAAUCUAAGAAGCAUAACGAAGAUGAUUGA